CUUCCUUUUACAUAAGGAAGCAAGGCGGAAGUACUGGACAGAACACGUGAAAGAAUAUACAUUUAGCUGACAACAUGGACGUCGUAGAAGAGCAUGAUAUACAGGAUAAACCCACGAAAAAGAAGACUAAGAAGCCAAAGAAACAGCCAAAGCCUCCACAUGAAAAUGGUAACGAUAGCAUGAUUGAGAAAACAGAGCCAGAACAUGUGGAUGCGCCAGCAGAAUUCUCGUUUCCCCCCACAUUCAGUGUGUCUGAAAUAAAAAAUAAACAACGCAGACACCUCAUGUUCAUGAAGCUGAAGCAGGAGAAACGGAAGCAAAAGGUGGCAAUGAAGAAGAAAAAGAAAAAAGAGAGGGAUGCUCUAGGUGACAAGGCUCCCCCAAAGGAAGUUCCAAAGACGAUAGAAAACCAGAGGGUAUAUGACGAAACUACUGUUAACCCUGAAGAUGAAGAGGUGGCCUUUGAUGAGGGAACUGAUGAGUUUUCGGCCUAUUUCAACCGGCUGACCAACCCCAAAGUCCUCAUUACCACAUCUGACAGACCUAGAGGGAGGACAGUGAGGUUUUGCAACCAGCUGGCCACAGUCAUCCCCGACGCACACGUGUACUACAGAAGAGGCUUGGCACUAAAGAAGGUCAUUCCCCAGUGUAUAGCCAGAGGUUUCACAUACCUCAUGGUCAUCAAUGAAGAUCGUAAGGUGCCCAAUGGUAUGGUUCUCUGCCACCUCCCUGAUGGGCCUACUGCACACUUCAAAGUCAGCAGUGUCCGACUGCGGAAGGAGAUGAAGAGGCGAGGGAAGGACCCGACAGAACACUCCCCAGAGGUGAUCCUCAACAAUUUCACCACCCGCCUGGGCCACAGCAUGGGACGACUCUUUGCUGCCCUUUUCCCUCACGACCCCCAGUUUGUGGGACGCCAAGUCGCCACUUUCCACAACCAGAGAGACUUCAUAUUUUUCAGAUUCCACAGGUACAUCUUUAAGAACGAGAAGAGAGUCGGCAUUCAAGAGCUGGGACCACGCUUCACUCUGAAACUCCGAUCAUUACAGAAGGGGACCUUUGACUCCAAGUUUGGGGAAUAUGAGUGGGUUCUCAAGCGACAUGAAAAUGACGUCUGCAGGAGGAGGUUCAACCUUUGAGUGAAACAUAUGGACCUUCCCACGACAUCAUCUACAUGAGACAUUUUCUACAAUGCAUACCAGUUUGUCAGAUUGUGUCCAGGCAAAAAUUGCAGUCGUGCCUUUGGCCGUGCAAGUCUCUUAAAAUGUGACAACAUGUCGUAGGUUGUCAUUUUAAUUUGAUGGCAUCUUGUUCACAUUUGAUAGACAGUCAUUGUGAAAGAGCAAAGCAGUCUGAUUUAUAGAUUCUGGCUUUGUUAACACUUGUGUUAUCUUUGUGCUUUUAGACAAAACAAUCUGUACCUGUAAAUGGUAUUUCAUAUUUUCAAGUAAAACAUGUACGUACUCUGAAA